ACCGCAGCAAGGUCAAAUAUGAAUGCCCAAGAUUUAUACAAGUGCAUGCUUUGCAAAAAACGUCAUGCCCUCAGGUUCUGCCCACAAUUUAUACUGAUGACUGUAGAAGACAGGAGAGCCGCCGUUCGACAACACCGUUACUGUCGAAAUUGUCUGGCAAAAAGCCAUUCUGUAGUAGAGUGUCAGUCGACGGAUAGGUGCCGAAAAUGUGGGUUUCAGCAUCAUACAAUGCUGCACCCACGAAAACUUGUACUGAAGUCAAAAAGCUCCAACGCCGCCUCCAAGUCGCACUCAUCUAACCAACCAACUUCAUCUCGGCCCCAAAGAAAUCCAGCAGCACAGUCCAAUGCCACAGCCAAAUCACGCCUUGGCCAACGUCAGCACUCAGCUUCGGCUGGCCAACAACAACAACAACAAAGGCGAGCCAAAAGGCACAAUAAACCAAAGGGUCAAAGAAGCCACCAACAACAACCACCCAAGCACCAACGAAAAUUGAAGACCCAAAAGUCCAACAAAGAGCGCCCACUAACUCCACAACCCAACUACUUAAUUUUAUCUGAAGCCAUCAAGUCGUUGGCAACAGUGUUAUGCGCUUCACCAAAUCUUGCGCAAGCGCAAGGCCGGCGCCAUGGACAAAUUUGAAUUUGUCCCUUUAAUUUAAGUACAAUCUAUCGUAGAAUAAGUCGAAGUAUAUGAAGUCAAAUUGUGAAUUGUAAAUGAAUUUGUAGCACGUAAGAAAAUAUCUAUUAGCACUAAGUGUAUAUAUUGUGAAUUUCUAAUCUUAAGCCAUUUUUAGUACUUAAGCUCAUCUGCAAUUCUUUUACUA